CGUACGCAUCGGCCGGAAUACGCGUGUGACGUUCGUCGCCUAACUGUCACGCCGCCAUCAUGGCUGGGCUGGGCGACACGUCGGGCGACAUACAGCCGGUGUCAGAUCACGCCAAGGACAUACUGCAGAUGACCCGCGACUCGGAGAUGAUGCAGAGCUACGUUCGGGUGGGCAAGUCGGACGAGUCGGACGACUGCGGCGGUGGAGGUAGCGAGGCGAAUGGCGUAUGCACCGGCGGAGUCGGAGUUGGCUUCGGCCGAGGCGAAUCGGAUUCGGACGAUCUGGCCGGGACGACAGGCUACGCGGUCGGGGUCAUCGGUGCGGGCGCGGGCGACGGCCACGGGGGGCCGGGCACCGGACGAGUCGGCCGGAAGGGCUGCAGGGCGGCAGCGGGCCGGCGUCACGGGAGACGUAAGGGAGGUGGCGGCGGUGGCGGCGGUGGUUCUUUCGGUGGUGGCGGUGGUGGCGCGACCACGACGUUUGACGAGCUAACGGAAGAGUUCAAGACGCGCAAAUCGGUCACCGGCACUGGAGGUGGCGUCGGUGGUGGUGGCUUUGGUGGCGGCUGGGCCAAGCGGCACAAGCGCGACUCCCGGUCCAGGCUGCUCGAAGAGGUGUACACGGACAAGGACCGGGCGGCCGCCGUAAACCUGGGCACGCGCGACAUCAAAGCGUCGUUGCGUAUGAAACGACGGCAGGAUCGCAACCGAACGCUGCACAUACCGUCCACGGCCGAGUCGCCCACCCUGUUGGCGCUGGCCCGGCACUGUAUCAACGAUGUGAACGUGUCGCUCGAGUUCAUCGAUAAGGCAUUGGAAUUGAGCCCCAAUGACAAAACGGCUUUGGUUUCUAGAAGCAAAUGUUAUUUGCUUCUCGGUCAACCACGUUUGGCAUUAAAAGAUGCCGAAGUGGCGUUGAACGAAGACAGCACAUAUCUGAAAGCUAUUUAUCAAAAAGCGGAAGCACUGUACCAUCUUGGCGAUUUUGAACAUAGUCUCGUGUUUUACCACAGGGGACUGCACGUUCGACCGGAACUCGAACAAUUCAGGCUGGGCGUUCAAAAAGCCAGAGAAGCCAUCGAGAACGCUAUAGGAAAAAUGAAGGACACCGCCAUCGUGAUACAGCAAAUUGGUUGGGGAGACAAGCGUCAAGCGACCGUGGCUAAAACAGUCAAUGGAGGCGAUGUUGGCGUCGGCGGUAGCAGAGGAUCGACACCGGCUGUGACGGGGUCGACAACGAGGCGCAAGGAAGCAACAGCGUCGGCUGCCACUACCAAAAGCCAAUCGAAAAUGCUGCUUAGGGAAUUGUGCGUAGACAAGGAAUAUCUGGAACACUUGACAAUAGAUCCAAAUAUUGUGAGUGCCAUUCAAGAAAACGAUAACUAUAUACUCUCCGAGGCGAAAGAUGGCAUUAGUUUUUUGAACGGCCGAGAAGAAUUCUGGAAACAACAAAAGCUUAUUAAUUAGUUUUUCUAAAAUAGGUC